AUGGACGGAAAGAACGGCUGUGCAAGCUCAAGAGGCUGGGUAAGCCUGCAGUGUUUGGCCGUUGCUUUGUUUGUCGGCGGCGUGUGGGCGAUGAAGGGAGGUGGUUCGGGUCGAUCUGCUCGACGCAAGCCUUCGUCGGUGUCACGAGUGGACGACCGUAGGACAGGUCGAUCUCAGAGCCGACAGAUUCGAACCGAGCGAGCGAUGGCUUGCCGGGCAGAAGGUGUCGCAGGAGAUGGCGGGUCAAACAACAAAGAUCCCAAACCGGGAAGAGGGCGGGAAUGGAAGGAAACAACGACGGAAAGGAAGGCAGGCAGGCGAUCCAGCGAUGAUCCAGGCCCCUGGGAGGAAGGUAGGUCAGAGAGUUUGGAAUCAGACGCGGCUAAUCGACACGCGAUCGGUCAGCAGGAAGCAACAACCCAUGUACAAAGUAAAGGACCGAAGGGGCUCGCGGGAACAAGACGCAGCACAGCCCGGAGUGAGAGCCGUGCUGCAAUAAAAAGAAAAACACUGAAGAACACGAAGAAAAAAGAGAGUUUGGCGAGCGCACGAACCUUUUGGCAGCCCAGCCCGGCUGAGCUGUCGUUAGCCGUGCUUCGACGGGGAGGGGGGGGCGUCGAGGGUAUCGAGCCUCGACACCUGCCCGUGGCCUGUAUCCGAUGCCCAGGUUCGGCGGUGAGGCCGGGUUCGAUUGGCUGGGCGGGUGCGGCACCCCUGUCGGCAGACCCUGGCUCGUGGAACGGGGAAGCGGGCCCCGGGGGGCGCUUUCCAAAGUUACAACCGCAGGCGAGAUGGAGAUGGAGAUGGAGAUGCGCGGUCCACAGCGCACACCUCAGGUAUACGAAGCGAGGCCGGUCGUGCGGCCGUAGUACCUUCCACAAGCACACCCGGCGUUCGAGAAGCACCUGCUGGUAUCGGUACGCACGCAACCGCUCGAUGGGGUACGCGCGCACAGGAUUCCGGUACUCGCUCUCCUUGCGUACGCACCUGCAAGGGCAGGUACGAUUGACCGCACAAGGUUCAACGGCGGCAUGCGCGGCUCUGGAAAAGCAGGUGCCGUACCUUCCUGGAAUCCUGGACGUCAGGAUCAGGCAGUUGGCUCCUGCCACCUCUGCCACGCCGCAGGCGCACCUGCUGCAGGUCCCUCUUGGCUCCUUCCCGGCCGGUCGGCGGCUGAGUGAUGUGCGAACCUUGCGUUCGGCUUCCCGGCCUCCCUCGCGUGACACCAAUCUUGGUCCGAGUUUCGGCUGCGUCACAGGACGCCGGGGUGAUACCAGGGCGGCUACCGGGACUGCGCUGAUCUCUCCUGCGCCGAGUGGUAGUCGCGGAAGACACUUUCCUUGUGCGGUUUGGGCCAGCGCCAGUCGUGGCCUUGGACGGGUUUGUUUUGUGUAA